CUUUUCGGUGUAGUGUAAUUUGGUCGGCUUGCGAGAUUGCGGAAAGUUGCAUUUGCCGAGGAAAAAUUGUAUACAAUAUUGAAAGUAGUGAUCAGUAGCAAUAGCAAACGAUAUUACGAGAUCAUGUCCACGGAGACGGCUGCGAUUUCCACCUCGGAACCCAGAGAUCUAACGAGUCUGGUGAAUAAUCUUGAAGUGACGAAUGCCACCGAUGGCGAAGAGGCACAACCGGAAGCAACACCACUUCCGACUGACGAACAGGGUGAUGCAGCGUCGCCCGCCGACACGAGCAUCUUGAGAAAGAUCAUCCGGAAGGGACUUGUGGAGUCAAAGCAAGACCUAGAGAUCCAGCGCAAGGAUCCUUCGUCGCCACUGUUUUCAGUGAAGUCAUUCGAUGCACUGAGACUGAAGCCGGAACUGCUGAAAGGCGUGUACGCGAUGGGCUUCAAUGCGCCGUCCAAGAUUCAGGAGACAGCUGUGCCCACACUCCUAGCAGAUCCACCGCAGAAUCUCAUCGCACAGAGUCAGUCAGGCACAGGCAAGACGGCCGCCUUCGUUCUGGCGAUGCUCAGUCGUGUGGACACGAGCGUCAGUCAUCCUCAAGUGCUUUGCCUGUCGCCGACUUAUGAACUGGCCAUCCAGACUGGCGAAGUGGCGGCCAAAAUGGCCCAGUUCUGUCCUGACAUUCAGCUGCAAUUCGCUGUCCGUGGGGAAGAAAUUGCCCGAGGCCAGAAGCUCUCGUGCCACAUAAUUAUCGGCACGCCAGGAAAGAUUCUUGAUUGGGGCGUGAAAUUCCGGGCAUUUGACUUGAAGAAAAUUCGGGUGUUUGUGCUGGACGAGGCGGAUGUGAUGAUUGCGACUCAAGGACAUCAGGAUCAGUGUAUUCGGAUUCACAAACACCUGGCCAAGGAUUGCCAGAUGAUGUUCUUCUCAGCCACAUAUGAGCGGGAUGUGAUGGAGUUUGCUGAAUACAUCGUCGAGAAUCCAAUGACAAUUCGACUGAAGCGAGAACAGGAGUCCCUGGACAACAUCAAGCAGUAUUACGUGAGAUGUCGCAAUCAGGAAGAGAAGUACCAGGCCAUCCAGAAUAUAUAUGGUGUCAUCACAGUGGGUCAGGCGAUAAUCUUUUGCCACACUAGAAAGACUGCAGCUUGGCUGGCGGCCAAGAUGUCCAAAGAUGGUCAUUCUGUAGCUGUGCUUUCGGGAGAUUUGACGGUGGAGCAGCGUCUCGCCGUGCUGGAUCGUUUCAGGAGCAGCAUGGAGAAGGUGCUAAUCACGACGAAUGUGUUGUCUCGAGGAAUUGAUGUAGAGCAGGUGACGAUUGUGGUGAACUUCGACAUGCCGAUGGACCAAUCUGGAAAUGCUGACUGUGAAACGUAUCUUCAUCGCAUUGGACGGACAGGAAGGUUCGGCAAGAAUGGCAUCGCCAUCAAUUUAGUGGAUUCUGAGCGAAGCAUGACCAUCUGUAAGACGAUCCAGGGUCACUUCAGCAAGACAAUCCACCUCCUGGACGCGGAGAAUGUGGAUGAGAUUGAAAAGAUCGGCUCCUAAAGCUUCA